AUGGACAAAAGAACAACGACCAGUCGCGUUCCGAACUGGCGAUUUCGAAAGAAGCAAUCACGAUCCGACGAUGGGGGCCAAGUAGCCAUCGCGGAGACGCCCAGGUCGGGAAAAAAAUCAGGAGCCGCAGCCGUUCGUAACGACCAAAAUCCAAACGACCGCAAAAUCAGAGUCCCGAUCGAGGUCGGCAAGGCUUUGCAUCACCGUCGCUCGAUGCAAAGAAGAGAUGGAGCAGGGUGGCCGAGUCCCUUCGUCCGUGUCGCGAGUCUGGCUGAGGGGUCAUCAGUCGGCGGCAACUCCCACCGGGAUGACGAUGAUCGGAAGCAAAGAGAAGGUGAGCUGGGCGGCAGCUCUGGUUGCAUCGAUGAAGUAAACGUCGCAGAAAGACUCGCUGGGAAAGGAGACGAAGAAGGGAGAGGACAAUGUCCUGGGCGCGGAAACAAAGAGCGCCAGGUCACGCCAGCCUUCCAUCUUCGGAAGGGUCUCACCGUCGGAGACAGAUUGAAGCCAACAACGGACCUGAUCUGGUCGUCGUGUCCCCAGCUUGGCGGGUCAUCGUCGAGAAAGAAACUACCAACGACGAGUCGCGUCAAAGGAGAAGAAGGUCGCGCGAUCGACAACGGUCAAUGA